GCCGGUUUUGUUCAAUAACAAAAUUUGUUGUCCUCAGUUAAAUUCAAGUUUAACGUUAACCAAUAGUUAGUUAAAUAUUUACAACAAACUUAAUUUCUAAAAAAUGACGACUGUAAAAAAAUCAUCAAUGACUAGUGAAGAUAAAUUUUAUGGUGUUGUAUUUCUAAGUGCAGUAACUGGUAUAUCAGCAUUAAUUGGUUUUGGCACAACAAUUGCAGCAGUUAGAAAAAAAGAUCCUAAAUAUUUUCAAGAAGGUGCUGCUGGUUUAUCAAAAGGUGUUACAGAGCCAGGUGUUGCAUUGGCAAUCAGAGCACUUGGCUGGGGUACAUUUUAUGCUGUUGGUGGAUGUAGUUUAUUAUUUUAUGGCAUUUGGAAAUUAUCUGGAGCAACAAAUACUCUGGAAUUUCGUCAAAAAAUGGGAUCAAUAUUACCAAAAAUUAAAAAAAAUGAUCCACCUACAAGUAGAACUGAGUUUGAUGGAAUGAAUGAUCUUUUAAAAUACGUUUCUGAAGAAUGGGGCAAGGAAAAUUCAACAGACAGUAAAUAAUCAUUUUUUAAACUUAAAAUAUUUGUUGAAUGAUUUUAUUUUAUCUUGUUAUUAAAUAAGACCAUGAUGUGCUGCCACCUGAAACAAAGUAAAUGUUAAAUGUGGACUUUUGUUCUUAGGAUAAAGACCAGAGUCUUGAUCUUGAUCUAUCUAGUCUUCAGUUGUUAUCUAAUUUUUUUGCUAAUGAAAUAAUAAUAAUAAUGUUCAUUAAAACGACAACACGUCUUUUAUUUCAAAACUAUUUUUAAUGUUAUUGACUUUUUUUACCAACUAAUUUAAAUAGAAUUUAAUUAUCCUUUCUUAAACUUGAAUAGAAUACCAGGAAUUUUCUCAGCUUGGAUAUUUUAUUAUCACAGAAAUAACAUGCAUUAUAAAAUUUAAAAAAGAGUAUUUAAAUCUAGCAUGAAAGGAUUAUUAAUUAGCUGUUUUUUUUUUAAUCCUUUGAAUUUAAAAUUUUUCAAGAUGGUUUGAUUAAUUUACAUAUCAAAAAAAUGUUAAUGGAAAGAGGGAAUUUAUUUUAGAUAUUAAAUACUCUUAAUGUUUACAUAAUAGUAAAUAUAUUUUUAUCAAAAAUACUUUACUUAGUAUUUAAACGUGUCACGUAAUUUAUGUUAUAUAAAUCACGCUAUUUCCAUUUUACAAUUUACAUGAUAAAAAAUAAUAAAAAAACUAGACAAAAAAAAAUAAAUUGCAUGCAGAUAAUAUAUUUAAAGUUAUAAAAUUAUUUUUUUCUAAAUUGAUAAAACUGGCAAUUUAAAAUUCGAAAAACAAAAACGCAAGAUAAAAAUAGUCAAAUCGUUUUUAAAUUAUAUUUUUUAAGUAGGUCAUUUUUCUUUUCAAUAUUAAAAUUUGAAUUCUACUGAUCAAAGAUCAAAGUGUUUUUUCAACGACAUUUUCAAUCUAUUUUUAUCAACCUGCUAUACAAUCUUUAUAAUCAUAAUGGAAAAAAAAAAUAAAAAUCACAAUAUUCAUACUGAAAUAUUGUAAUUGAAAUUUGGUCUUUGAACGAUGACAGUUGAUGAUAAUUUAAUUGACAAUGAUAAUAAAUUUUGAACAUUGAACAAAAGUGGCCUGAGAUUUAGAUUGACUAUCUUUUUUUUCUUCCGUAUUGAAUUUUUUUUUUUUUUUUUUUGAUCAAGGUCAAGUGUAUUGUUACGGAAGCAAAAUGAUAAAAACCCACAGAUACUAAUUAACAUUACCCAUAAAUUAAAAUGAACAAAUUUUAAAACUAAAUAAACAAAAAUAAUGUAAAAAACAAUUUUUUUUUUUUAAAAGUAUAUUUUUAUUAAACUCAAUAAAUUCAUAAAAUAAAGGAAAAAAAAAUUAUCAAAAAUAUACCAGCUGCUUAAUAAUGAAGUAAAUUAGAAAAAAAAAAUAAAUAUCAAGACAAUUUUUUAUUUUAAUUAUUUAUUUUGAUUGAUUACAAAAUUUAAAAAAAAAAAAAUAUUUUUUUAUUGUUUAGUUAUUAUUAUUAGUUUAAAAAAAAUAAUAAUUACACGCAUUUUGGAGUAUCGAUUUUACAUUGAGCACGUCCUGCGCGCCGCGGUCAAUAUCCGCAGAUUUUUUUUUUAUUAUUAAUUUAUCAUUGAGUGAUUAAAAAACAUUUUUUUAAAAAUUAUUUAUCUCACACGUUCUUUCGGGGUCACAGCUGGUCUUUUAAAUUAUCGAUGAUUAUAAUCAUUACAAGUUUUUUUUUUUUUUUUCAUUUACAAGUUGUACAUAAUUUUUAUCAUUUAAUGUUUAUAUUUUUUUAUUUUAUUAUACAAUUUGUCGCUUUUAAUUAUCAAUUUAAAGCGAUAAUUAAAAACACAACAGUCCCAAAAAUAAAACAAAAAAUACUUCCUGUUUUUAUUAUUGAGAUUUUUAAUAAAAAAAAAAAAUGUUAUAUUAUGUAGAAAAAAAAAAAACAAAAUAGAUUUUAUAAACCCUGAGAAAAUGAUUGUUAAUAUAGUUGAAUAAUUAUUACUUGCAAAUGAAAAAAAAAAUAUACAUAUGCCACCUGAAGUAAAAUAUUUAUUAGCUUUUUUUGUAAACAAUAACUAAAAUAUUCUU